GUUAAUUUUAUAAAAUUAAUUUGAUUCGCAACUGCGGAGACCAUACUGUUUACGAUAUUUGGACCCACGUGCUGAAAGAGUAUUGAAAACGAAUAUUUGAAUUAAAGUAUACUAAAGAUAAUACAAAAUGACAGAGGUGAAAUCAAAGACUCCCCAAGCUCAAAAGAGAACAAAAGAUGUGAAGACACCAAAGUCAGCUCCGCCAGAGAAAAAGAUUAAGACAGAAAUUGGGGUCACUUCAAUGGGAACGCCAAAAAGAAAGUUUGAAAAAACUCCGGGUAAAGGAACGCCAGGAAAGAAAUUUCAGAACACACCAAAACCAGCAAACGUGAAAACACCCAAGGUAGAGAAAGUGGAACCAGCAGGCGAUGUCGAACCCGCACAGACAGGUAAAGCAACUCCCGGCAAGAAUUUCAAAGGAAAAAACACACCGAGACAAAACACACCGAGACCAGUGGUCGAUGGUAAAGGAGAUGCCAGACAAACUCCUAAAGGUGAGAAGCCCAAUAGAAAACGUAAGGGGGAACCAGGAGGUGGUCCCAGUCCCAACAAGCAGCAGAAACAGGAACCAGCUGGAAACAAAGAGGAGAAUAAGAAAAAGAAGCGAGGAGGUGUCAAGCGUAACAAGGGUAUCACCGACAAUAUGCCCAUAAAAAACAUCCCAAACCUCACAGAACUUCAGCAGAAAGCCACAGAUGCCCAGAGAGCCGCACAGAAAGAACUUGACAAAGCCGACCGGUGUAAGCUGUUUGUGAAGAAUUUCCCAGUAAGUUACAAGGAGCCAGAGUUGAAAGCCCUGUCAAAAGACAUCUCUGCAGUAGACAUCCACCAAAAUAGAAAAAGCAACUUCAGGUUUGGAUAUCUGACCUUCUCAUCAGAGAAAGUAGCUGAAAAAAAUCACAAAGCCCUUCAAGGCAAGGAAUUAAAUGGAACCAAGCUGACUGUAGACUUCUGUGGAACAAAGGCAAAGAAGGGUGUCAGCAGUAUAAAGGAGGGAAAAGUGAUUGAUCCGUUCAAGCUGUAUAUAAGCCACAUCAACCAAUCAACAAGCAUAAGUGAACUCAGAGAGCUGUUCCCGGAAUCUGUUGAAAUCUGGAUCAGAAUCAGUGAGAACGCAAAGCAUGCUAUGGUGUUCUUUGAGAGUGCUGCCAAAGCGAUGAAGAAGCUUGGGGCUGUUGAUAAAUACCUUGCCUUUUACGGGCUCAUCUGCCUCAAUAAGGAGGGACAACCACUCACACGGGAUGCAGAACGAGAAUUUGUUACAAAGAAGAAAAUAGGUUACAAAAUGGAAAGAUUUGAUGAACCAGGCAACAACAUGGAGGAGGAUGACAGUGAUGAUGAGGAGGAGGAGGAUGACGACGACGAUGAUGAGGAGGAGGAAGAAAAAACCAUCAAAAAAGUGGUAAAAAAAGAACAGAAGAAAGGGAAUAAAAAUGUUGUGAAACAAGAAGAUGAAGACGAUGAUGACGAUGAUGAUGAUGAAGACGAUGACGAUGAAGAUGAUGACGAUGAAGAUGAUGAUGAGGAGGAGCUUGUAGUUCCUGCAAAGGGCAAAAAAGAAAUGAAUGGUGCAACUAAAAAUGUUGUGGAUGAUGAUGAUGAUGAUGACGACGACGAUGAUGAUGAUGACGACGACGACGACGAUGAUGACGACGAUGAUGAUGAUGAUGAUGAAUGACUUUAGAGUAAAAAUGCUGGGCAUUUGCAAAUUAAGUGAAUCUGAAACCCCCAUUGAUGCAUUUUAUCAACAUCUUAUCAACAUUGUAUAUAGUGUCAUGACACUCAUGAUUUUACAAAGCAUUGGAAAAUGCUGAAAAAAAGGGCAGCAUUCUAGUAUGUAAAGGUUCGACUGUAUAAAUGUUUGAUUACAUUAUGCAUCCUAUUCGUCAAUGAAAUGUUUUUGCAGCAAGGUACAUGUACUAGUGCUGUAAAUUUGUUUAUGAAAUUGUUAAUGGAUUUCAUUAAUAAAAGACUAACCCCCUUA